GUGACAAGAGAAGUUUCCUUGACUGCAGAAGGUUACAUGCCUAAGGAUGGAAGUGGCUGCAUUGUGAGUAUCGAAGAUCUUCCAGAGCAGGAGUGCGUGUGUGUUGCUACAGCAGCUGGAGACAUCCUACUGUGCAAUCUCAGCACAAAGCAGGUGGAAUGUGUAGGAAGUGUGGACAGCGGUCUGAGUACCAUGAGAUGGAGUCCUGACCAAGAGCUUGUUUUGCUUGCAACAGGUCAGCAAACACUCAUCAUGAUGACAAGGGAUUUUGAACCAAUUACUGAGAAUCAAAUCCACCAAGAUGAGUUUGGGGAAGGAAAGUUUGUUGCUCUUGGCUGGGGUAAAAAGGAGACACAGUUUCAUGGAUCAGAGGGAAAACAGGCAGCGCAUCACAAACAGACGGAAGUCUCACCUACUUCACCCUGGGAUGAUGGCAAGCCUCGAGUGACAUGGAGAGGAGAUGGGCAGUUUGUUGCAGUGAGUGCUGUCUGUCCAGAGACAGGUGUUCGGAAGGUCCGAGUAUGGAACAGAGAGCUUGUGCUGCAGUCAACAAGUGAGCUUAUCUCAGGAUUAGAACAAGCACUGUCGUGGAAGCCCUCUGGAAACCUCAUAGCAUCCACACAAGAAAAACCCAACAGAUACGAUGUGAUUUUCUUGGAGAAGAAUGGACUUCUUCAUGGGGAGUUCACCCUCCCGUUCCAGAAAGGGCAAGUCAAAGUUAAUGAACUGCUGUGGAAUGCAGAUUCUACAAUCCUGGCUAUAUGGCUGGAAGAUCAGAAGGCAGAGAAUUCCAACCCAAACAGUUACGUUCAGCUAUGGACCACAGGGAACUAUCACUGGUACCUGAAGCAAAGUCUACAUUUUGGUAGCUUGAAGGAAAAUCAGUUGGUGUCAUUGCUGUGGGACCAAGAGAGCCCGUAUAGACUGCAUGUACUCUGCAAGGGUUGGCAUUACCUCUCCUAUGACUGGCAUUGGACCACAGACCGUGGGAUGGGAGAGAAUAGCCAGCAUGUGGCAAAUGUGGCUGUCAUAGAUGGAGAUAAAGUGCUUGUCACAGCGUUCCAGCAUGCUGUGGUGCCUCCACCCAUGUGUACCUAUGAGCUCCAGCUCCAACAGGCAGUUAAUCAGGUUGCAUUUCACACACAUCCCAAACAUAGUGGAGACAUGGCUGUCCUAGAUGCUGAUAACAAGAUCACCGUGUACAGAUACAGACAGAGCACAAUGAACGACCCCACUGUCAGGUUUGGAGCUGUGGGUGGAUUUAAUGGAUUUAAAGCAGCUGUGGAAACACCAUACCUGGAUAAAAAGUACAGGUAA